AUGGCCCGGACAGGCUCCCCUUCGUCUGCCUUGAUCGAGGGUUCACCUUGCGGCGAAUGCGCUGAACUCUCUGCACAUGUUGACCACCUCUCCCAAACUGCACGGGAUCCGAAGCCUCAUACUAACUACAAGUAUCUAGGCCUCGCAAAUAUGCAAGACAUUGUGCAAAGCUAUGCCGAUCAAGCUCGGCAAUUGAGACUCCAGGGCCUUAAUGCUUCUCGCGAGUAUAUCAGUGCUCUCACUAGGCUUGAUGAUUACCACCGCCUUCUCAUGGCAAUUUCUGAAUACGACAUCCCCUGCCUCCAACAAAUAAUCAAUGUUGCCUUGGACAAUGCAGGACAUAGACUUUUUGUGAAGAAGCCCUUAUCCUUGGAGUCACUGCUAUAUGGUAUACUCAUCAAUAUGCCUGGCUUGAAUAUGUGGACAGGUGAUGACGAUGUAACACUAGACAUUGAUCCAAAGCAUAUUUUCAAAUGUGUAUGCACACUAAUACGCUCUCCCUCUGGCAUCACACUCAACAAUAGAUGGAUCAUCAAUGCUAUGAUGCUCUCUUGCUAUCUUGUAUGGCUGCCUGCUUAUGACAAAGCCAGUGUCACGAAACUCUUGCAUCCCGAUGAUCUGCAAGAUGUCCCCCGAGCAGUAGAACUUAUUAAAGCUAUCAUCAAGUUCACUGAGUCACAGCAUGACUUCCUGGAUGACUUGUUUUCUCCCAACAUCGACAGACAUGCUGACUUGAUGUCAAUCGCACUCCUUAGUGAUGUGAUCGAGUCUUUCCUCAUUCCCUUCAUCAAUGUCAAUCUUUCGCUCACAGAACAGGUCCAGUAUCUCAGCUGA